AUGAACAGGAAGAGUGGAUACCAGGGACCACGAAUACGAAACAAUUCCAACAACAACCUUCUGGACGAUGACGAGGUUUACGAUAACGAGGUUUACGACGACAACGACGAGGUUGACGACGAUGAGGUUGAUGAAGACGAGGUUGACGACGACGAGGUUGAUGAAGACGACGAGGUUGACGACAACGAGGUUGACGACGACGACGAGGUUGAAGACGACGACGAGGUUGACGACGAGGUUGAUGAAGACGACGAGGUUGACGACGACGACGAGGUUGACGACGAUGACGAGGUUGAUGAAGACGACGAGGUUGAAGACGACGACGAGGUUGAAGACGACGACGAGGUUGACGACGACGAGGUUGACGACGACGACGAGGUUGAAGACGACGACGAGGUUGACGAUAACGAGGUUGAUGAAGACGACGAGGUUGACGACGAGGUUGAUGAAGACGACGAGGUUGACGACGACGACGAGGUUGACGACGACGACGAGGUUGAUGAAGACGACGAGGUUGAAGACGACGACGAGGUUGAAGACGACGACGAGGUUGACGACGACGACGAGGUUGAUGAAGACGACGAGGUUGAAGACGACGACGAGGUUGAAGACGACGACGAGGUUGAAGACGACGACGAGGUUGACGAAGACGACGAGGUUGAUGAAGACGACGAGGUUGACGACGACGAGGUUGACGACGAUGAGGUUGGCGACGACGAGGUUGAUGAAGACGACGAGGUUGAUGAAGACGAGGUUGAUGAAGACGACGAGGUUGACGACGACGAGGUUGAUGAAGACGACGAGGUUGACGAAGACGAGGUUGGCGACGAUGAGGUUGAUGAAGACGACGAGGUUGAUGACAACGAGGUUGAUGAAGACGACGAGGUUGACGAAGACGAGGUUGGCGACGAUGAGGUUGAUGAAGACGACGAGGUUGAUGACAACGAGGUUGAUGAAGACGACGAGGUUGGCGACGACGAGGUUGAUGAAGACGAGGUUGAUGGCGACGAGGUUGGCGACGACGAGGUUGAUGAAGACGAGGUUGACGAUGACGAGGUUGAUGAAGACGAGGUUGACGACGACGAGGUUGAUGAAGACGAGGUUGGCGACGACGAGGUUGAUGAAGACGAGGUUGGCGACGACGAGGUUGACGACAACGAGGUUGAUGAAGACGAGGUUGAAGACGACGAGGUUGGCGACGACGAGGUUGAUGAAGACGACGAGGUUGAUGAAGACGACGAGGUUGAUGAAGACGACGAGGUUGACGACGAGGUUGACGACGACGAGGUUGACGACGACGAGGUUGGCGACGACGAGGUUGACGACGACGAGGUUGGCGAAGACGACGAGGUUGACGACACGGUUCGUGCUGAGGAGGAUGCGAGACAAAAACAGCAGAUGCAACGCAAGCAUAUUGAACAGAUCAUGGCUUUCAUUUUUAGAAUGGCUGGGUGA